AUGUCUACAGAUGCAGGGAUCAACAGGGAUACAUGGACAAUGGCAUCGACUGCAGCAUUUCGAACCAGGAUCUUGGUCUCCGAUCUGGGGUACCGGUUCCGGAUACCCCGUCCGUCUCCAUUCAUUCCUCCUCUUCAAACUCUUCAGAUCCUUCCUGCUCUUCCUGCUCUUCAGGUGUCCCAGGGUCAGGCUCUACCGGCUCCUCAAACUCUUCAGGUGACGCAAGUCCAGACUCUUCAGGCUCUCCCGGCUCCUCAAGCUCUACAGGUGACGCAGGUUCAGACCCUUCAGGUGUCUCGGGCUCCUCAAACUCCCCAUACCCUCCUAGCUCAACACCUUGAGCGCGGAGCACGUCAAGUUGGGAAGCCUCGCCAUAAAGAUCCAGUCUUGAAUGUCGAUGAGACACUCCAUCUUCUGGCUCAAAGAUGUACCACACGUCGGGUCGGCACUUGUCCCCUCUAUACGCAGGUUCCACCAGUUCAUUCCGGGCUUCCUCCUCCGUACGCGAGCCUGCGCAAAAUUCGGUGCCACAGGUUUCAUGAUGGAUCCUCGUCAACUCUUCCUCUUUCAACACACCGAUACCCAUGGACAGGUCGGAUUUGGCAUUGA